UUUUUGCCUAAACAAAGCAAGGUUUAUGAAAGGCAUAUAUUUAGAUUACUUAAACAAGAAACUGAUGAGAGAUUUGAAAAAUUUCUUGUAAGGCUGCGUCAGCAGAGCAAAAAGUGCAAAUUUGCUAAUGGGGAAGACGACAACAUAAUCGAUCAAGUGGUCGAAAAAUGCAAUUCAAUGGAACUCAAGAAAAAAAUCCUUACCUUAGGUGAUGACGUUACACUGGACAAAGUCAUAGCGGAAGCGAAUGCUAUAGAGUCGGUACAAAGGCAGCUCUCGGAUUACGGCAACGGUAGUGCACCGCGUCCCAUUGCGAACAUAAAUAAAAUUGACACUAAGCGUGAAUUUGACCAAAAUAAAGGUUGCUCACGUUGUGGAAGUGAGAAGCAUAAUGGUGACAGUCCAACAUGUCCCGCCAAAGAUAAAAAAUGCUCAAAGUGCGGGUAUAUUGGACAUUUCAUGGCUAAGUGUCGAACGCGGGCUAGUAAACGUAGGUCGACGCACGCAAAUGGGGGGAAAAUGCCUAUUAAAAAGAUAAAACAUGACAAUAGUGCCAAAAAAUCCGAAAAUUCUAACGACGAUCAGAAAAAGGCCUCAUCCAACGUCAAUUACAUAUUUUACUUUGAUGGGGAUGGUAAAAUAAGAUGCGACAUAGGCGGUGUUGACAACGUUGAACUUCUAAUAGACUCUGGAAGUAAUCAUAACAUAUUAACCGAUAAAACAUGGACCUAUCUUAAAAGUUGCAAUAUACAGGCUACAAAACAAAAUGCAAAACCAGACAAAACAUUUAUGGCGUACGGUAGCUCGGUACCCUUGACAGUUCUAGGCUCUUUCCAAGCUGUGAUUAAAAUCGGAGCAGAACAGAAAAACAGCACCUUCUACGUUAUCCAAGGCGGAACACGAGACUUACUCGGCAAAGAAACGGCUACAGAUCUUAAAGUCCUCAAAUUAGGUUUGGACAUCAAUGCGGAAAUUUAGAGACAAGUUACCAUCUAUAGUUCGAGAGAGGAGUGGAGUUGAUGAGGAAGUAAGGGAUAAAGACACUAUAAUGAAAGAGAAAGGAAAAUCGUAUGAAGACAGAAGAAGGAAAGCUACAGAAUAUGGAAUAGAGGUUGGAGAAAAAGUAUAUGUGAAAAAUAUGACAAAAGGAAAUAAGCUUACUGCUCCAUUCAACUCCACCCCACACACAGUACUCAGCUCUAGUGGAAAUGAAUAUAAGGUAAGGAACGACGAUUCAGGCCAGGAAUAUAGAAGGAACAUCGUGCACUUAAAAAGAGUUCAAGGCGAAUGGCAAAUAUAUGAUCCAGAAAAACACACACAAGAUGUAGCACUCGACAGUAAUGAGGCACUGGAAGAUACUGACAAUAUUGAAUAAUUGUGAUUGAAACAUUUUCUUCCAAAUGGUUGAUUAAGUAAAUAAGUUUAAUUUAUGUUACAUUAAUUAUAUUGUAUUUUCUUCAUUUUGUAAACAAGGAAGAGGUGUGACGUUUAAGAAUUAAAACUGAGCCAAGAGCACGCGUGGCGCCACCGGCGGCGAUUAGUCGAGACCCGACGGUUGAGCUGAGCGGACGUGCGCGUGCGACUUGCAGUGUGUGAAAGUA